CAAUUUCCUCGAGCGCCAAUAGCUAAAAAGGAAAAUGAAAAUGAUCAUUAAUUAAUUCUCUUCUAUUUUCCCUUUCAAAUUUCAAAAGCAUAUUUAUCUUCUUCUUCUUCUUCUUCCUUGGACUUCUGAAUUUGAAACUGAACUUCUCUGUCACUGUUCACAUGGAAAUAUCACCAGGCCCGAUCCUUACUUGCUCGAAGGAGCAUCAGAAGAUCUACAAGGAAUGGUUCAACAUCGCCGAUUCAGAUGGAGAUGGCCGUGUUACUGGAAACGAUGCCACGAAGUUCUUUGCUCUGUCGAAGCUCUCCCGGCAGGAACUCAAGCAGGUUUGGGCGAUUGCAGAUUCUAAGAGGCAGGGGUUUUUAGGUUUGGCAGAGUUCAUUACUGCGAUGCAGCUUAUUUCUCUCGCACAAGCAGGGACCGAAAUUACAGCCGAUGGUCUCAGCAGUUCAGAUGAUAUUCAACUUCCACUGAUGGAAGGGAUGGAAGAGUUAGCAGUUAAAAAUAAGAGCUCAACAACAAAUCAUGAGUCUGGAAUGAAUGCAGGAGCUGCUCAGCCACAAAACUCAUCAUCAACUCAAUGGUUUACUUCAAAAACUACAAAGAAGAUACCUCCAAGUGCAGUUACAUCAAUAAUAGAUGGUUUGAAGAGAUUGUAUAUUGAAAAGCUAAAGCCUCUGGAAGUUACCUAUCGUUUUAAUGAUUUUGUAUCUCCAUUGUUGACAAACAGUGAUUUUGACGCAAAGCCAAUGGUUAUGCUUUUGGGUCAGUACUCAACUGGGAAAACAACAUUUAUAAAACAUCUGCUGAGAAGUGACUACCCAGGAGCUCAUAUAGGACCGGAACCGACUACUGAUAGAUUUGUUGUUGUAAUGUCUGGACCUGAUGAAAGGACAAUACCUGGAAACACUAUUGCUGUUCAUGCUGAUAUGCCAUUCAAAGGCCUGACAACUUUUGGAGGAGCAUUUUUAUCAAAAUUUGAGUGUUCCCAAAUGCCACAUCCACUGUUGGAUCAAAUUACUUUUGUGGACACUCCCGGGGUUCUGUCAGGAGAAAAACAGAGAACACAGAGGAGCUAUGAUUUCACGGGCGUGAUUUCAUGGUUUGCAGCUAAAUGUGAUAUGAUUCUUCUUUUAUUUGAUCCCCAUAAACUUGAUAUCAGUGAUGAAUUCAAGCGAGUAAUUGCAUCUUUGCGUGGCAAUGAUGAUAAGAUACGUGUUGUUUUGAACAAAGCAGACCAAGUUGAUACUCAACAGUUAAUGAGAGUUUAUGGAGCCUUGAUGUGGUCACUUGGGAAAGUUCUAAAUACUCCAGAAGUGGUGCGUGUUUAUAUCGGGUCCUUCAAUGACAAACCUAUUAAUGAAGAUGCUGUUGGACCUAUUGGAAAAGAUCUAUUUGAGAAGGAGCAAAAUGACCUUCUCAUGGACUUAGUAAAUAUACCAAAGAAGGCCUGCGACCGUCGAAUCAAUGAAUUUGUGAAGCGCACUAGAGCUGCCAAGAUCCAUGCUUACAUAAUUAGUCACCUUAAGAAGGAGAUGCCUGCCAUGAUGGGAAAGGCUAAAGCUCAACAGCGACUCGUUGACAAUCUUGAAGAUGAAUUUGGCAAGGUUCAACGAGAAUUUCAUCUACCAGCUGGUGAUUUUCCAAAUGUGGAACAUUUUAAGGAGGUUUUGGGUGGAUACAACAUUGAUAAGUUUGAGAAAUUGAAGCCUAAGAUGAUACAAGCUGUUGACGACAUGCUUGGGUACGAUAUUCCCGACCUCUUGAAAAAUUUUAGGAACCCUUAUGAGUAAAAAUGCUAUUGAAUUUUGCUGUUGCACCCUAUGCUGUAUUAUUAAUUGCUUGUGUAAAAUCAAAUCUUUGCUUUUUGAUUUUUGUGACGGACAUAAAUUCAUGUUAUAAACAUUUUAAGAGUUGAAAGAAUGUUUUACUUCUUUUGCAUCAUGAAUCAAUGAUGCUUAUAAACAAACUUGUCAUGAGCAUGAAGUAAUUAAAGUGAAA